AUGGCCACGCUGAGCCAGGACGACGUCGAGAAGCUCUUCUCCGGCGCCCCCCAGUUCUUCGCCCGCAACGACGGACCCUUCAUCGCCGUCCCCAACCCCUCGGUCGCCUUCCCCUUUGAUGAGGACCUGCAGAUCCGUGACCUGACGGACCACUGCCAGAUCGAGGCCCGCGCCUGGAGCGGCGUCACCGCCCACCCCCACCUCACCCGCGACCUCAACCACGAUGCCGAGGCCGCCGCCGAGCGCCGCCGCGCCGAGCGUCGCGGCCACGCCCACUUCUUCGUCCGCUGCCGCGAGCGCCCCAACAUGCUCAGCCUCCAGGGGCUCGAGAAGGGCACCAUGGGCUACCAGGCUGCCCUCGAGCUCGCCGUCAGCGAUGCCCUCGAGGAGGAGCAGUUUGGCUUCGACAGCAUCGGCAAGAAGGCCCGCGCCAUCGUCGACGCGCGCGAGCACAUGCUCAGCAACGACGGCUGGCUGCACCGCAUCCCCGAGGCCGAGGUUCUCGGUCGCUUGCGCCGCAACGGUCACCUCUACCGUGAAAACGACCUCAAGAACCGCAAGUCCUCCGAGUCCUACAACGACCUGUUUGGCCACUUCAUGCGACCCCGCUACAUCUCCCUCGACAAGAAGGACAGCCAGAGCCUGACCAACCAGAUCGUCGCCCUCCUCAAGUGCCUCGGAGCCGCCAACGUCUGGAUCGACUUGUCCCACGUCGAAUGGCGCAUCCGUCUCGGCCAGAUCCUCUGGGGCGAGCCGCACGGCGACCGCCUCGACGGCGAUUCCAGCAUACACAACACCGAGUGCUCCGACGAGAUGGCCGAGGAAAAGUACUGGCUUCUGCUCCAGAUUCUCAUGGCCACCGAGCUUCUCAUUCGCCUUGACGCCGUCACCCAGGGUGAGGAGUACGGCGCGGGGUCGUUUCGGCCGAUGGACGUCGUCCAGUUCGAGCGCGCCGCCAACUCGACUGUUAAGUGGUCUCUGCUGCUUGCUCGCAGCUGGCUCGACAACAUUGAGAUUGUCGCAGAUGGCGAGUCGACCCAGAGCGAAACGGCCAAGGAAGAAGCCGCCACCGGCGACCAUGACGCCACCAUCAUGCAGAGCAUCAAGACAAAAAGCGCCAGUUGGCUUGCCGCCAUUGUGAGCCAUAUCCCCUUCAGCCACCACCGCAACCAAAACCACAUGACACCGGCGUUUCCCGCGCGCCACUACGUCAUCAAAGGGAGAAACGGACGGCGCCAAGUGGAUGGGCUCAUUCAUUUUGCCAAGAAGCUGAGAUGGCCGGGCAUCGACGACUAUGAAGCGCGCAUCACUACCCACAUGCGAGAAGCCAUCAAGAGGAAACCAGACACCUCCAUGUGCGACUGCGGCUAUGACGCCAAGUCUGAAGGAGACUCGAAAGACGACUACUUUGGAACUUGGGACGUCACCUGCCAGCGCGGCAACCAUAAAGAACGAGCGAGGGCCCGGCGCAGGCGACUAGCGGCAGCACUGCACCCGUCUGGAUGGAUGUCCAAGUCUUACAUCUUUGGACUCAUGCUGCCGGGCGAUGGGCUGUCUCACUUUCUCAUGGCGACGUUGCUGGAAAAUGACGACGUCGCUAUGAGCAAGCUCGGGUCCUUUGCGAAUCUCUGUGGUGGGUUUGUCUACUCUGGAAUGAGUUUUUGGAGCACAUCGUGUAUCCUCGGGCGCGUGCUCGCCGCCGGCAAGGGCUCUGCCGAAUGCAUGGGGUGGGUAUCGACGGACAUUGUGCCCAUGGGCGUGCAGGAAGGCUGGCUCAACAUUGACGUCAAAGACGUGGCUGAGGAUGUUGCACAUCUGGGUAAAAAAUCUAGAAUCUGGGCGAAACGGCGACUCGAACGGGACGCGUCCAUUGUCGGCGACGGACAGGAGGACUCGGCAUCCCCGGCUGACUUUACGAUGCCCUGGGAGAACCGAUACAAGAACCCGCCACCCAACGUACACGUCGACUUUGCGUCUCUACAGCUGUCCCCGUCGGCCCUGUCGUUACAUCCCACGCCUCUGCCCGAGAUUAUGGCCACGCCACGCCACGAAUCGGCACCGGCGCCGGAUCUCUUUUCUCAGCCCGCCUCCCUGACUUUCCGCGUCGGCAUCGACGGAGUGCCCGAGCGGCAGCACAUCUUCUCGCUGCUGUACGACGUAAACUUUGUCAAUGCCCAUCCUUGCUCGCCCCCGCGCGGGGUGCGCUUCGUCAAGUCGCCGUCCAGCCCAACGAUUCGCGAAAUUGACGUGUCCGGAGAGGCAUCCCUGGGCAAUUCAGCGCGGGCUCUGCAUCGCAUGGGUCAUCCACUACAUAAAUUCUUCAACUACAAGGUUAUGCACAUCUCCGAGGUACUUCAGAAGAAGCAGCUGCCGCUGUCCGAGCUCCUUGGCGCGGGCCACCCGGACAACAAGGCGCCCGGCAACGCGGUGCUCGUCAUCGACUGCAUGACGCAGCUUGUUGAGCUGCCACAGUCGCCGGUGCUCGAGCGGCUCGCCUCGCCGUCGUCGCCACACGCAGACCGCAAGCACAGCUUCUCCUUUGCCGCCCGGAUGCACUACGAGUCACACAAGCGGCAGUCAGGCUCCGACCUGGAGAUCUUGGUGCGCGCCCUGUGCUCCGAGCAAGGCUGGAACGCAAUCAUUAGCCGCCGCAAGCGAGGCUGCCUCGCGUGCGCGAUCCGCGAGGCUGGGGCGCUGGGCUACAAGGUCAUUGUGCGCGUGGACUGA